AUGUUUAACUGCGAAAUUUCAUCGAAAAAUGAAAUAGAAAGUUGUGAAAUGGCGAAAAAAUUAGCUCCAGCAGUUGGAAAAAGAAAUAUUUUAAUAACAACGAAUUUGUUUCCAUUGGAAAUUGAAAAUCUUACUGUUUUUCGUUAUGAUGUACAGUUAUUCACAAUAAAAAAAUCCGGAGAAAAACGCGAUAUUUGUAGAGGCGAAAGAGACGAUUAUUCAAUGACAGUACGACAUCGUAAAUGUAUGUUAUUAGUAAGACUGGCAUUUGAAUUAUAUAAUCUAAUAAGCGACAGUGCGGCUUAUUUAUACGAUAUGUCGAAUACCAUUUUCACAAACCAACCAAUUUAUGACUGUUCGUCGGACAUGACGAUUUCGCAUGGACAAAUGGAUACGGAAUUAAAGAAAUUGAUGGAAAACACCAAUUUAGUAAGAGUUAGUAUAAAACCUUGCACGGAAUAUGCCCAUAGCUUCAAUAUACGCGAUUAUCAGACUUCUAUCGAUAGAGAUCUUUCAAAACAGGAUCGAUCAUUGCGACAGUUUUUUGAAAUUCUUACUAACAAUUAUGCAUUGCAAAGAGUACUGAAUUUCAGGAACACGCACUAUGCAUUUGGGUGCGGAAAAUUGUUCAUUGUGGACGGGAAAAAAUAUGGUCUGAGAAGUGAAAGGCUUAGCGAUGGAAGAAUAUUAAUUUCUGGAGCUGAUAAAGGACUCCGAUUUGUUCAAUAUUCUGAAAAUAAUAGCAUCGUACCAGCUUUGGCUUUAGAUGCAAAAUAUGCUAUAUUUUUCGACGAUAUUCCUUUAAUCGAAAUGCUUGAAUCUAUCACCAAAAGUUCGCCAAUUCCUCCAAUGAAUGAAUCUCGAUUUUUGAAUGUUGUACUAAUUAAAUGGAUUGCAGGAUUGCGUCUGAAGCAUUGCAAUGGGGAAACGUUUGUUGCUUCUGGUCUCUCAGAUAAACCGGUGGAAAAAAUUAAAUUUUCAUUAGAAAAUACGAAGAGGAAUAUUUAUAAAAAGCGAUCUCAAAAAAAUUUGGAAUACAGCAUUUCGAUGUUAGAAUUUUAUGAAAAGCAAGGAUUUAUGGUUAGAGGGGAUUUGCCAUCAGUUUAUGUCAAGAAAGGUAAAAAUUUGUCAUAUUUUCCGAUCGAAUUGUUAUAUGUUCUACCGAGGCAACGAGUUCCAAUUAAAAAGCAUAAUUCAUCACAGAUAAAAGAAUCAAUUGAAAUAUGUGCAGUUCUACCCGACAGAAGAUUUAGCGAUAUUUCAAAAAAUCUUAAAGCAUUGAAUUUGCAUGAAAAAUGUCGUUAUAAUCCAUAUAUGGAAGCAUUCGGCACUCGUGUCAAUAAUUUCCCGAUAGAAGUUAUCGGUCACCGGCGAGAUCUACCCCAAAUAUUCUAUUCGAGUAAAAUGGAAAAGAAGAUUUUAACCGAAGUUGACGAUAUAAAUGCGAAUUGGCGAUUAGCUGGCCAAUAUUUGGUUCCUGCUAAAUUAAAUAAUUGGUAUAUUCUGUAUGAUGAUGGUAGAGAAGCAGAAGCAGUGAAGAAUUUCACUAAACUUUUGAUCGCUGAAUGUCACAAAAAAGGGCUCAUACUUAAUGAGCCAACGAUUGAAAAUAUUCAAUUUGAAAAAUUGGAACCAUUUAUCAAAAUGAUAAAGGAAGAUGUGAAAAAUUCACAUGUAUUCAUUAUGUAUAUCGACUCCAGAAAUGACACUCAUGAUAAUCUUAAACUUUUCGAAGUUUUGUAUCGUAUCAUAACACAACAUAUACAACUCAGUCGUGUUUACGAUUGUGCAAAACGGUCAUUGGUAUUAGAAAAUAUUGUAAAUAAACUCAACUGUAAAAAUUUCGGACAAUGCUACGGAAUAAUUCCCGAAUCGUUCGCAUUAAACAAAUGGAUUUCUCAUGGAAAAACUUUAAUUAUUGGUUAUGAUGUUUGCCAUCCUGAUUCACUGUCAAAAUAUCAACUUCGUCUGGGAAUGAAACCUACCGAACCGAGCGUACUAGGAAUAAGCUUUAACGGAGCAACAUAUGCAGAGACUUUUAUUGGUGAUUAUGCUUUUCAAGAACCUCGUAAAGAACAAGUAACCGGAUCAAUUCUCGAAGAACGUAUUUACUGGAUUUUAAAUAUGUUCAUUUUGAAUCGUGGCGUUGUCCCUAAUCUUAUUAUUAUCACUCGAGAUGGGGUUUCUGAAGGACAAUUCAAAAUGGUAAUGCAGGAGGAAAUUAACUCUAUACGUAGCGGUAUAGAAAAUUUUAGAACCCAACGUGGAAUUAAUAGUUGUACGCCAAAAAUAGUAUGUAUCAUUACUUGCAAGCGGCAUAAUAGACGAUUUGCGAUUGAAAAAGAUGGUAAAUUGGAAAAUUGUCCUCCGUUAACUGUGAUCGACAGAGAUGUCACACGUGCUGAUGUUACGGAAUUUUAUAUGCAAUCGCAUAAAAUAAUCAAAGGUACAGGAAAAAUGCCAUCAUAUACGAUUCCUAUAAACGAAGCUAAUCUGACCAUGGAUGAAGCACAGUCUUUGAUGAUGGCUUUGUGUUUCACGCAUCAGAUCGUCAACCAGUCUAUAUCGAUUCCAGAACCGAUUUAUCAAGCUGAUGAAUGGGCUAAGAGAGGGCGUAACAAUUUUCGAGCUAUGGUACGUCGAUGUAAUGGCAAACUUCCUUUGCUUGUAAACGGUGAUGUGGAUUGGCAGAAGGUAACAAAGAAGCUGUGUUUUAUGCAUAGUGGUCUGGAAGGAACACGUAUAAACGCUUGA